CCAUUGGUCACACACUUUGUAAAUCCAAUUUAGUCAACUACUCUUUUCUUCUCUCAAUUUUUCUUGACAAUUCAUCUACAAUGCUUCCUGCAAUUCAGAUAUCCUCUUCCACCUCCACUUUCCCACUCCGAUAUUCCUCUCCUUCAUCUUUAACCAAUCUCUCAUCACUUCCACUUACUAUUAGAUGCAGAAGAACAAGUAAAAGAUCAACACACAACAACUACUCUAUAAGAGUUCAAGCAAUGAUUGAGAAGGAAACCCCAGAAACUGAACGCCCACAUACAUUUUUAAGAGAAUCGGAUGAAGGGCUAUCAGGGGAUGAUGAGUUAUCAAAGCCGAAUUCGGUUAGAGCACGUUUUGAGAAGAUGAUUAGGGAGGUUCAAGAUAGUGUUUGUGCUGCUUUGGAAGAUGUAGAUGGAGGGGGGAAAUUUAAGGAAGAUGUUUGGUCGAGACCUGGUGGUGGUGGUGGGAUUAGUAGGGUUUUGCAAGAUGGGGAUGUUUUUGAGAAGGCUGGUGUUAAUGUAUCUGUUGUUUAUGGUGUUAUGCCUCCUGAAGCUUAUCGAGCUGCUAGGCCAGUUGAUAAUGGAAAUACUAAACCUGGGCCUAUCCCCUUUUUUGCUGCUGGCGUUAGCUCGGUUAUACAUCCAAAGAACCCCUUUGCACCAACUGUACAUUUCAAUUAUCGCUACUUUGAGACUGAUGCUCCUAAAGAUGCUCCUGGAGCACCUAGGCAAUGGUGGUUUGGAGGUGGUACUGAUCUGACACCUGCUUACAUUUUCGAGGAGGAUGUGAAGCACUUCCAUUCGGUGCAAAAAGGUGCUUGUGACAAAUUUGAUGCUAGUUUCUACCCUCGUUUCAAGAAGUGGUGUGAUGAUUAUUUCUAUAUAAAGCACCGUGAUGAGAGGCGGGGUCUUGGAGGAAUUUUUUUUGACGAUUUAAACGAUUAUGAUCAGGAGAUGCUUCUCUCCUUUUCUACAGAGUGUGCUAACUCCGUCAUUCCAGCAUAUAUACCUAUCAUAGAGAAGAGGAAGGAUAUCCCAUUCACCGAUGAACACAAGGCAUGGCAACAAUUACGGAGGGGGCGCUAUGUGGAAUUCAACUUGGUUUAUGACCGUGGAACUACAUUUGGUCUCAAGACAGGAGGUAGGAUUGAGAGUAUUCUUGUUUCUCUUCCAUUAAGUGCACGUUGGGAGUACGACCAUAAACCAGUAGAGGGGUCUGAAGAAUGGAAACUCUUGGAUGCUUGUAUCAACCCUAAGGAAUGGAUCUGUUAGUUUCAAUCCAUGUAAAGUUUACUUGUUUUGGCCUUCAAUAUUUCUAUAUUUGUCGUCUUCCCGUUUCUUUGAUUAGAUUUCCUGUUUUUAGCCCCUUCCUUUGGGGGUCAUCCUGAAGGGAUUGAGGAAGGAUGGAAAUGUUUGUUGUAGGAAUAUGUUAGGAUCCAUAAUGUUAACUAAAAGUGAGGCUUUUAACCUAAUGAUGUGAUGAGAGGAAAGUUUGUUAUCUAGACAUGUCUGAUGCCAAAAACUACUGGUGAUAUGUAUAUAUCCAUGUUGUGUCAAACUUCA